UAAGUUGUCCCAGAUAUCUAUGAUACACCAAGACAGGAUUCACUCCUGAUUUUGAAGAAUAAUCUGUUUGGGUCUUCACUUACCUAGAGAAAAGUGUCUUCAUCAGAGGGGGACCCAGUUUUAGUUUACGUCCACUGGCAAAAAGCAUUAAGUGCCAGAAACCACUAUUUUACUGUGAAGUUCUGGGAGGAAAGCUUUAGGCCUUGUUUGGAUGGGACAAUGGCUCUAACCUUCAUGUCCUUACAAGAAUUAAUCAGGGAGGAUUUCCUGACCUGUAAAAUCUGCUAUGAUCUCUACACAGUGCCAAAGAUCCUUCCAUGUCUGCACAGUUACUGCCAGCAUUGCCUGGAACCACUAGUGAGGGAUGGAGCCCUCCAGUGUCCUGAGUGCCGGCUGCAAACAGAUGUCCCAGGAGGUGCCUCAAAUCUGAAAACCAACUUCUUCAUCAACAGCCUCCUGGAGUUAUUCCAGAUUAAACACAACAGGGAUUUGGCCUGCACAGUCUGCUCAGAUGCCCAGAAGAUCUUGACUGCCACUGCCCGUUGCCUAGACUGCAAGGAUUUCUUGUGCCAGUCCUGCACUCAGGGCCAUUGCUGCUCCCGUCUUACUCUUCAUCAUAAGGUGGUGAAGCUUGAGGAGUUUCUAGCUGGGGAAUAUGAUGCUGAGAUGAGGCUGCUGCAGGAGCUGUGCUGCCAGGACCACCAGCAGGAAGCUCUGCGAUUCUUCUGUGACACCUGCAGUGCUCCCAUCUGCAGGGACUGCCGUAUGCUAGACCAUUUCCAGCACAAGGUGGUCUCUAUGGCAAAUGCUGUGCAGAGGGAAAGGCCUUCUGUUGAGCAGCUAAUUGACAGCCUGGCAGGAACGAUAACAUGCAUCUCUGAGCAGGAAAAAGCUGUGGAGGAGACAAUAGAUAAGUUGAAAACAUCAGGAGAGAACAUAAAGGAGAGGAUCACCAAAUACGUGGAUGACAUUAUCUCCUACCUCCUGGCCCAGAAGGAAGCCGUUCUGGGUGAGCUGUCUGCUUUUCUAACUCAGCAAAUGGAAGGUUGUCGCUUGGUGAAAGAGGAGCUCCAGAGCCAAAAAGAUAAAGCAAUCAGCACCAGAGAGUUCUCUCAAAGGGUCCUCUAUGUGGGAAAGGACUAUGAGAUCUUACACUUGGAGGGCAUGAUAAGGAAUCGGAUUCAGGAGCUCCAGACAUAUAUCCCACGGAAACUAGAGAGCCAAAUCCCUGAAUUGGCCAUAGCCUGGGAUCAGCCGGAAAUGCUGUCAGAGGCAGCACUCUUCAGUCUAGUGUUUCCCAGGGAACAACCUGAAGGAGACAUGGAAACUGUUUUUGAGCCAGAUAGCGAGGCAUCUGCUUCCCCCAGUGAGGAGUCUGAGGAUGACCCAGACUUGCCCUUGGACUCAGAAGACCAAGAAGACUCCUGUCCAAGCUCUGAAGAGAGUGCCCCUGACACUCCCGACAAGAACCCCUCUUGUUGCAGUAGGCGCAGUAAAAGGCCUAAGCGCGUGUGCACUUUUGAGGUAGACCAGUGCUGGUCCCAAGCAAAGCCCAAUAUCACAGGGAUUGCUGUUCUGCCUCAUGCUGGUGGCAUUCUCCUGUUAGAUCAGGAGAAUGAUGAGAUAAAGCAGUACAGCGCUAGUGGGCACUUUCAGCAAUCAAUACCUCUGCCAGACUCAGAUGGCGUCUUCUGUGGCAUUUCGCUCUGUGGAGACGUCCUAGCUUGCUCUUCAGAUUCCUUCCUCUUCUUCCUGACCCUUGAGGGCAAGUUUCUGCGCAAGUUGCUGCUAAGGGGAUCCGAGUCUUCCUAUGCCAUCACCUCCUAUGAGGACUCCUAUAUUGCAGUGAGUGAAGGCACACUCUGCUCCAUCUCCCUUUACAGCCCUUCAGGACACUGCGUGGGCAGGGUGGCACCCACAGAUUACCAUGGGGGGAAGUUCCUUUUCAUUGCUGUCAAUGACUGGGAGGAAUUCAUUGUUUCAGACUUCAUCAAGAAGCAGAUUGUCAUCAUUGAGAAGUCUGGGCUGAUCCUCAAUGUGCUGAAGACCUCACACUCGCUGCUGACAAAGCCGUUCAGUGUAUGCGUGGACGUGUCUAGUAACAUUUUUGUGGUCGAUCAGUUGAAGGUGAUUAAAUUUUCACCAGACGGUGAGACAGGGGAGGUAGUGUUGAGCAACCAAAGUCGGCUGAAGAGACCCCGUGUCCUUGCUGUGGACGACGGCGGGCGCCUUGUUCUGGUGCAAGAGGAUGGUUACGUCCACAUUUAUUGUUUCUAGUUCACACCCUUGGAGAAUGUGGGCUGAGUGCCCCAAAGUAGCUGGUUCUGUAACCUCAGGUCCCAAACCUUUAUGUUAAUAGUGCGCCAGAGUAAUCCCACUAGUACUAUCACCUCCAGAUGCGUUACAGAGCUUUAGCCCUGACUCUGGGUGUCAGUGGAGCAGAUAUGUCUGGGCAGGAAUCUUUGUGCUCCAAGUGUUUUGAAAAUACUCGGAGCCCAGGGGAGCUGGAGGUAGAAAUAUUAUUUCACUAACUGAGAUGAGAUCCAUAUUGCUAAAACUUUCUACGCUCUCCCAGCUCACCUGACAGCUUCUGCAGGGGAUACUGCAAUGUUAUAGUCCGUGCUAUCAGUGCCUGAGGUGAACAGCUGGAGAGCUGGGAAUAAUGGCCAGCUCUAAGGAAAUGGCAGAAAGGAAAUGCCUUUGCUUAAUGUGCAUUUGGUAGUUGGCAUUGAUAGAUGACAGGUGCCUUUUGAACUGUUUCAUGUUAAAGUAACAUCUCUUCCCCUGCCCACCUUACCUCUCCAUUAGAGCUGUGAACUGAUAGAACUCUGACUUUCACUUUAGCUGUUCUGGAGUGUGUCCCAGAUUAAGGGAGUGUUCAGAAAAAUGACCUCCUUCUAUUUCUCAGCAUCCCCUUUGCCAUCUUAGCCCAGCCAGCCACUGAAUUUCUCUCCCUCCUAUCCCCCCGAGUCAUAGUCCUCCUUGAGCAGGAUGACCAAACAUCACAAAGGAACCUGACACCUGCCAGAAGCUGUGGGAACCUGGUCUGAGCAUUGGAAGCAUCCAGUCCCACAAGUGUGAAAAGGUAAAAACGGCUAGAACUGUAUCUAAAGAUCCCAAGCAGAAAGCACCCAGCAUUGCUGCAGCCAAGGACUGGUUAGUGCAUCCAUUGGGAAAGAGGUGGCAGUCGGCUCAGUUCAAUGGGUGAUGCAGCCUCUUACAUUCCUUUUCUGUUUAGCCUGUUGAAUCCAGGAAGAGCAGUCAGUGCUUGAGCAGGUCUCAGCUUUUGUUUAUAUUUAGGGAUACAGACUAAAGCUUCCUAUUGCAUUCCAGCUCAUCCUACUGUUAGUGUAAAACAAUCAUUUCUGUUUGAGCAUUAACACUUUUAUGUAUUUGGAUAAUUAAUAGAGCCUCAUGCUUUCCCUUAUGAACUGUUUUCCAAUUUUUCUUCUUGUUUCGCUUUAAUAAAGCCUGGUGAAAUUAUGAGUGUGGCAGGCCUCACUAAAGGGCAUGACUCUGGCACUGAGUCGUCACAGUGACCUGAACAUAAGGGAUGUUUGCUGGAGCCUUUCCCUGUGUGCAGGACAGGAUGUGAGAGUACAUUCACUAGUUUCUUUCACUGUGUUGGCAAGAAAUGUUCAGGCUCUUACAGAGCAGCUCUGUGGGAGCUAUUCAGGCAUUUGUCUUUGGGCUUUGUUUAAACACUUGCUGGCAAAUGUGCUCUCUUACACGGAUUCUCAGGGACCUAGCCAUGUGCACUGUCAUGUAGACAUGCAUUUUCUCAUGCACACACACACAUUAGUAUUCAUGUGUGUACAUACAAAAUGACACACAAUUACUAAAGAUAGUUAAGACCAAGGCAGACUGCAAAGAACUACAAAAGGAUCUCUCAAAACUGGAUGACUGGACAACAAAAUGGCAGAUGAAAUUUAAUGUUGAUAAAUGCAAAGGAAUGCACAUUGGAAAGCAUAAUCCCAACUAUACAUAUAAAAUGAUGGGGUCUAAAUUAGCUGUUACCACUCAAGAAAGAGCUCUUGGAGUCAUUGUGGAUAGGUCUCUGAAAACAUCCACUCAAUGUGCAGCGGCAGUCAAAAAAGCAAACAAAAUGCUGGGAAUAAUUAAGACAGGCAUAGAUAAUAGGACAGAAAAUAUCAUGUUGCCUCUAUAUAAAUCCAUGGUACGCCCACAUCUUGAAUAUUGUGUGCAGAUGUGGUCGCCCCAUCCCAAAAAAGAUAUAUUGGAAUUGGAAAAAGCUCAGAAUGGAAAAAAUCAGCAAAUGGCAGGGAAGGGACAACAGGAAACUCGAGAAGCCUCAUAUGCAUUCUUGCCCAAGGAACUAUCCUUGUGCAGGACCUGAUCAUUCUUUGUGGGCAUUCUAAUGAGUGUUCUGAUGUCCUCAGGCACCUCCUCAUGAGAGUAAUUGCUGAUCUGAUCUUGCCCUGUGUUUUGGCUGAAAGACACACACAGCCCACAAAAUCUUUCUGUCGACAUUCCAAGAUGGACGAGGUGCUGAGAUGGUUAAAGAUCACUCUUCCAGCGAUUGACAAUAAAUCCAUGUUGUUUCAAUGUCCGGUCAUUGGCUAAGUUGCCCGAGUGGACCCCUCCUUGGACAGGGCUCUGCCUAGAAUGUCAUCCAGGAAAGACUAUUCCUGUGUCCCCUUUUGCCUGAGAAAAGCCACCAGAACAAUGAGGACUUUUAUGAACACUCGUGAAGAUGACAGUCUGAAAGGCAGUGCUUUGUAUGGAAAAUCGUUGGUCCCAUGAGCGAAUCACAGAAAUCUCUUGUGCUUCCAGUGGAUUGGCACAUGAAGAUAAGUCUUCAAAUCAAUUGAUAUAAAGUAAUUCCCUUGGCAGAUGGCCACUGCUAUGGAAUUCAAAGUCUCCAUCUUAAGUCUGGUCUUUCUUAUGAACUUGUUCAGGUGUUUUAAGACCAACACCACUCUGUCCUCCUCAGAUCUUUUGGGUAUCAGAAACAAGAUUAAGUAGUGGCCAGAGAACAUCUCUGCCUCAGGAACUCUCUCUAUUACAUGGAAUUGCAGAAGCUGAUCUGUGGCCUUUAGCAUAUUUUGCCUCUUGCUGAUGCUGGAGAAGGGAGAAAACGAUGAUUUGGAAUCUUUGAAAAUUCAGUGAUGUACCCAUGUUGAACCACAUUCAGGACCCAUCUGUCCAAUGUGAAGAGAGGCCAUUGGUCCUUGAAUUUUAAUAGUUUCCCCCCAUAGGUGUUGCUCAUCUGAACUCUCUUGAUUGUAUUCAGGCAUUGCUUCCAGUGUUGAAAUUUGCAUGGCAGGAAGAAUGGUCUCUCCCCUUUCCAGGCUUGGACUUGUUCCAUUUGCCUUUGCUAUAGUUUCUUUCGUUCCUAUAGGAGUAGCCACAAAAAGGAUAUGCAGACCUGUAAUAAGGACGAUUGUCCAUUUUUCUGGAGUUGGAGUUGGGAGAGUUCUUUUUUGAUUUAUCUGAGAUUUCCACCAGCACUCUGUCUAAUGGCUUCCCAAAUAACCAACUUCCUAAAUAUUUCAAAGCUGUUAAUAUGACUUUGGCUUGUAUAUAGUGCUUCCAAGCUCAUAACCAGAGGUGCUGUCUGGUCACCACAUUGGAGGCCAUGGCAUGCGCUGAAAACAUCAAAGUAUCCCUGGUUGCAUCGACAGUGAAGGUUGAAGCCAUUGAGUUUUUCUUUAAGUCCAAACCUAAUCAUGAUUUCUUAGCCUUUUGUGGCCAUCUAGCUGCCAAAUUUGUCAGUCCAGGCUAGCACUGCUCUUGCAAAACAUGUUGUCCCAGCAGAAACCCUCAGAGAGGAAGAUGAAGCCUCAGACAUAUUAUUACACAGGGAUAUUUCUAUUCUGCAGUCGGGUUCUUUUGGGAAAAAGCCCCUUUCUGUUGGAUGGUAGUGUCUUUGACUAGUGCUGAAUCUGCUUUGUCCAUUUUGGGAUGAGAGACCAAAUCUCCUUUGCUGUGGUGCACAUUGUAGAAUUUUUUGGCAUGCCUGGACAAUCCAUUAGAUUUUGCUGGUGUUUCCCAUUCAGCCUUAAUCACUUUUCCAAAAAGUCAUGAAAGGGAAUGUGUAGUUCAGAUUUUGAACCAGCUGGAAAAUAUUUUUUUGUAAUUUCUAUGUCUAUUUUUCUUCCUCCUCCCCAGAAUCUUUUCUAAUGGGCUCAUCUGACAGGAUACCCAGGUAUCUAAUCACCAUUCGUAAUGUGUUCUCAAGUGAUUGGAAAAAGAUCCUCUUGCUUUGUUUCAUCCUGCAAUUCAGGCUCUGUGUGAGAGAGAGAGAGAGUUCACCUUCCUCCUGUGAAGAAGAUCCUGACUUUCCUCUUGACUUCUUCGUUUCUCUCUCAGGCUUGGAUUGAACAGAUUUUCCAGCCUUCUUUUUCUUUUUUUGAUGUCUGUCAAGAUUAUGAUUAAAAUAAAUGACAAUGAAGAACAGCCACAAACAAUUUUUUUAUUAAGCUUUUUCUUUCCAUGUAUGAGAACCUUGUGUCCAGAACCGUCAGCUCUCAUGAUGAAUGAAGAACUACUAUCCCCAGAAGAAUCGGCCAGUUUUCUCUUGUGUCUGAGGUAGUUUCUUGAACCCUUUCCCCCUUUUUACAAUUUUACUCCUUAGGUUCUCAAUCGCCACCUCCACCGAGUCAGAUGAGGAUUCCUGCAAACCUCUUCUGCUGUCAGGCAUCUGUUAUAUUUGCUCUUUUGAGAGUGGAUACUAUAAGGGGACUCUGCUGCUGUUGCCUGGGGCUUACAGGUUGGUGACCGCUGAGGUAAAGGCACUUUUUGCACCAAAUUCAAGAACUCCCUAGUCCAAGAGGGAAUUUCUUCCUGGGGGGGAGAUUCUGUUCUCUCUUCCAUGUAGAAUUCCUGACAUCCCCUGGAGCUAAGGGAUGGCGACCAGAUUGCCUGAUGAAGAAAGGGAGGAGGGGAUGAUGAGACGUGCUGCAGGAGGGAGUGCACCCAAAACAGUCUUACUGGCCACUCCUUGCCCUGUUGGUGGCAGAUUCAGAUGGUCCUGCUUAUGGUUUCCCUACCUGGGCCGCUGCCUUUUUAUGCAGUAGUUCCAGGCAGGAGACAAACGGCCUCUUUGAGGUUUGUCUUUGUUUUGUAUUAAUUCUCUCUCUCUCUCUCUCUCUCAGUAGUAGCUGGAUUCAACCACCCUGCCAGUAGCUACAGGAGGGGGAGAGCUAGUCCCUCCUCAGUUAUCCAGGCAGAGUAACAGAUUGAGAACGGUUUCAGAGUAACAGCCGUGUUAGUCUGUAUUCGCAAAAAGAAAAGGAGUACUUGUGGCACCUUAGAGACUAACCAAUUUAUUUGAGCAUAAGCUUUCGUGAGCUACAGCUCUUGUAGCUCAUGAAAGCUUAUGCUCAAAUAAAUUGGUUAGUCUCUAAGGUGCCACAAGUACUCCUUUUCAGAUUGAGAACGGGAGCUGCAGCUGAGUGCCGGGAGGAGCUAGCAGGGGAGACCUACAGUUCUGGAACUUUUGAACAAGAAAUGCUCCAUGCACAGAUGAGAUUUACCUUCUAUCACCCUUCUCCCCCAAGGAACAGGUCUCUGUUUCUUAGAAUUGAGUGGAAAAAUGGCCUUUGCAUCUCAGUAUGUGAGAUCGUAGCCUGUUUUGCCAGAGUGAAGCCAACAUAAAACACCACAUCUAGAAAACCAGGGACUAUUAUUAAUGGCUGAGCUCCCUCUCCUCCGGAGAGGUGGUGUUGCUGGAGAUAGCAUAACUAGGGAGAGCAGCAGGUGCACUGCUUCCCAUGCCCCGGAAAGACAGAACUGGUCUAAAAGUCAAACCUCACCAUUUAUGUGGGGUCCAAAUUAUAGGUCUUGGGGUUACAAUAAUCAAAUCACUUUCACACAAAAGAUGAGGUGGCAGGGCAUCACUGAGCUCUUCGAGGGAGCAGCGUUCAGACCCAUGGGUGACUACAUCCCUCCCCUCUUGCAUGCCAGAGCAGCCAGGCUAGCAUGUAGGGUUAGCCUGUCUUUUCCAUUCAGGGGUCCAAGUCUGGACAAAUUAAACAUAUAAACUGUCAGGCAUUGAAACUUGUUGAAUAGUAACUCUCUGACGCCCUGCCUGCUUCCCUAGGGCCUACGUUUAGAUUUUUUUUUUAUAGUAUGGUUUGUGCCUGCUUUUAAUGUAAUAAGGAGACUGAAUUCCAGAUUUGCUUUUUCAUGUUUUUAUAUUUUUAAAAUGAAUUCCUAGGUCUUUAUUUCUGAAUUUAUAUUUUUCUUUUAAGGGGCAUUUGGGCUAUAUCUGCUAAUUAAAAAAUGACAGAUGUUUAAAAUUAAAGAUUGUUUUGAAGAUAA